AGUAACAGGAAGUGAAGAUGACCGUCCAUAACUUGUACAUAUUUGACCGGAAUGGAAACUGUCUGUAUUACAACGAGUGGAACCGCAAGAAGCAGGCGGGAAUCUCCAAGGAGGAGGAGUAUAAGCUGAUGUAUGGGAUGCUGUUCUCCAUCCGCUCUUUCGUCAGUAAGAUGUCUCCUCUGGACAUGAAGGAGGGUUUCCUGUCCUUUCAGACCAGCAAGUAUCGUCUUCAUUACUACGAGACUCCCAGUGGACUGAAGUUCGUCAUGAACACUGACCUGUCCGUGUCAAACGCCAGAGACACACUGCAGCACAUAUACAGCAACUUGUAUGUGGAGUACAUAGUGAAGAACCCGGUGUGUGUGUUGGGUCACAGUUUGGACAGUGAACUGUUCAGCAGCCGACUGGACGCCUUCAUCAGAGCUCUGCCGUUCUACAGUCCACGAGCCGCCUAACACACACACACACACACACACACACACACACACACUCUAACACAGUUUUAUUGUAUUUAUUGUGAACAGUCUCUUGAGUUGUUGUUUUGUACACGACUGUUGAAUUAAACGGAUGUAGAAGUG